UUAUUCACUGGCACACGCACAUUUUCCCGCUUUAUCUCGCGUCACUCUGCCACUCGCGCUGAGGUCUUGGCACUGACAGAGCACAGGAAGGACCUACUCUACUCUACCAAGAACAUGAUCUGCCGAUGGAGUACACGUGCGUGUUUCGUGGCCUCGUUCCUGAGCGUCACCCUCUGUAGUUCUUUUCGCGUUCGUCACACCAUCAUCAGUGGCCCGAUGUCGCCGGCCCGUUACAGCAGCAGCAGCAGCAGCAGCAGCAGCAGCAGCAGCAGCAGCAGCGGCGGCGGCGGCCUGCCACUGAUGAGAUCUGGGAUGGACGCCGAAAGAAGAGCUAGCGUGAUGGAGGCAGCGCGGGAUAGCAGCGAGAUUCUUUCGCUGCGGCAAACAGAUCCCAAGACAACGUUCCUCGAGGCGACAGCCGCCACCGCCGCAGUGGCCCAGCAGCCGACGGUAGCAGAAGCUGCUGCAGCUAUCGUUGAUGCGGACUUGCGCCCGUCUCCCGGUGCCGCUGCGGUGGUAGAGGAGCCGCUAUCUCGAGGACAAGCGCGCCGCCCAGGGAAGGCGCCCGAAGUGGUGGUGGAAGGGGACCUUCUUGGAAACACGCCGAAGAUGAUCGUGCUCGUGUGGUCGUCUUUGGCCCUUAACGCCAUUUACCUCUUGCAGGCUCUGUCCACCGUAACGUCGCCCCUGGAGGCGCUGUGGACGGCGGCUGGGGCGUUUGUGGGGUACACGAUCGCAGAUUUGGUGAGCGGGGUUUUCCACUGGUCGGUGGACAACUACGGGGACGACAGCACGCCGGUCUUCGGGGCGGUGAUCGAGGCGUUUCAAGGCCACCACGGUUCGCCGUGGACAAUAACCUACCGACCGUUCGAGAACAACGUGCACAAGAUCGCCUACGCCGUGCUGCCGCUGCUGGCGCUGCUUCGCCUGGUCAACCCGGGGCCGGCGGGCGUCGCCCUCGGGGUCACCUUUCUCGUCGGAUCGCUCAUGUCCAACGAAUUUCAUCGUUUCGCGCACAUGACGUCUCCGCCCCCACUUGUGAGGGCCCUCCAAAAAUUCGGUGUAACCGUCAGCCGUAAGGAGCACGGACGACACCACUCGAGCCCCUUCGAGGAAAAAUACUGCAUCGUUACCGGGAUAUGCAACGGGCCGCUCGACCACUUCAGAGUUUUCCGGUUCAUGGAGAGGGUGGUGUACGAGCUGAACGGCGUGGAGCCUAUCGCGUGGAAGCUUGAUCCCUCCGUGAAGGAGGUUGCAUUAGCCACGAGAUGGCUUCCCUUUUCUAGUGCUGUGGCUGGCGCCGAGGACGCUGCUUCGUAGGAGCCCACCCCUUUGUUGGUGGUGACCACCUGCACUUCCCAACGAUGGAUAGCCGGACUGUGAGCCAAGAAAGCCGCCCACUGGUUUGUUUUGGGGUUUUAUUUGCGUGAUUUUGCUGUUUGUGGUGCGGUAGGGUGUGAGUGGAUGUAGGCGACAGCUUAUCUAGGUGUAGCCCCGCUCUUUGUCUUGGUCGCCUACUAUUUAGAUCACGAGCUACGUGUAGGGUGACGAAAACCGUUUUACUGAGUGGGGUGGCGUAACCGUCUUCUCAAAGAAAAUUGAGAACCCAUUCUAGAAGAAAACGGCGACACACGACUGUUGUUCUGCCCACGGGGUUCUAGUUGAAGGAAAACCCCGUUGCGACAUGUUGCACAUCACGUUUUAGUCGUUUAUUAAAGAUUUCUAAACAUGAACGGCUGUUGUGCGCGUUUGGAUGUUGUAUAGGAAGAGGACCGCUUCGUGCCUUCGUGUAAAAAGAGCGAGCAGGAGAGGCGGCCUUGUCUGUGUCAAGGCCGCGGUAAUAGGUGCCGUGGUUUAGAUCGCAACGGCACGCGGAGGAGAACGUCUCACAAGCUGUAGCUAAGAGCGAUUGAUUGUAGACGUUCAAUGCAUAGCCAAGGAGCAGGAUAGCCAGCUGUGGUCGAGUGUUGUGCACGCGGAAUAUAUGGUCGAGGAGGUCGGAGUUAGCGCCGUCAUUGUUCUCGUAUUGUGUGUAGCAAGUGCGGGUGGCGCACUCUGUUGUGGACGGUCUCUUUCGUACCAGCCAUUCAUAGUGUGGCUUUCGAAUAGCCAGCGUGCUGGCUCCCUACUCCACUUUCUCCCCGUUUCUGCGGAUGAGGGAGGAACGCCGGAAUGCAGGCUAAAGGAUUCGUUCCUAUAGCAGUUUUCUACUUCGAUGUCGUGGUUGAAAAUGUGUCUCGCUACUGUCUCACGAUUGGGGAGAUGCAGUGACGGUUUCGAUGGCAAAUAGGGCGAGGGAGAGGUUGAUGCGAAGCAGUACGUUGGGGUGAAGAAUAUUCAUGUGCUUCGUAGGCACGAGAUCCAAGUAUCCAGGGGUGGUGUGGAUGUACCCGAGAUAUAAGGCGCGGUGGUUAGGGAAGCUGCAACAUCCCGUGAAUAUAUUAUUUUUGUACUUAUAGUUACAUACCUUGUACCCCUUUUGUUGGUGAGGAAAGUUCGGGGGGUAUUCACGCAGUAGUCUGUUACUUGCGGGUCGGCCUCAUCGCCGAUGAGUUUGUUUUGUUUGGGGUAGCUGGCACCUCAAAUAAUGUCAUUGUUCGUAAUUGUGAAGACGCAGCAGGUCGGUCCGGUGGGCUAGGCAUUUUGGCGACAAGCGUUUGUGCGCACUUCGUAGCUAUAGUGAAUUGUUGUGGUAGGGAAGCUGACCUUUUUUCGUAUUCAAAUCUUUCAGAAAGCACCACAGAGGAUUUCUUCCGUGACGCCGGAUCGGGGCUUUCCAGGUACAGAGGCAAGCGGGGGUAGAACUUGUUAAAGCGGCUGCGACAGAUCAAUCGAAGAAAAACAGCACGCGACUAGUCAUACCGUUUUCUACGCAAGAUGACACCCCCCAAUAGAUAUAUGCCACCCUUCC